AGUCAAGCUCUCGAUGUGGGAGGUGGGGAAGGGGAGAGGAUGGUUAUAGGAGGUGGGUGCGGGGAGACGCUGGAGGAAUCGGAGAGCGCGGCGCGGAGAGGAGAGAGCAGGAGGAGUGGUGGUGGUGGUGGCUGGGGGGGGAGGGAGGCUGUGGCGUUGUUCGCAUGGUGCCGUGCACUCGUGCGCUCCAGCGUACGGCAGCAGUAGCAACACGCACGGACAUACAGGCGCAGACGGGAGAGUCAGUCAGCUCUUCCGCAGUUAGACACACGGGCAGAAUAGGACACGGGCACAUCGACUGACAACGCAGAGAGACGCGACACAAAGACUCGGGGGAGAUACAGAGACAGCGCGAGAGAGACACACACAGAUUCACAGGCCAACAGAGAGACGCGGAGAAACAAAGGUUACGUGAAGACACGCGGACGAAGGGACCGACGGAUACGCAGACCGGGGGAACUGAGAGUCGGAGGGAUAAUCCCCCAGCCCCUAAGCCCAGCCCAGGCGAGGCUGCCCCUGGCUGCUGCUGCCCCCAGCACCGCGGGGAGAGGGAGCCCGCAUGGCCGAGCGUGGGGGCGACGCGAUUCCGCGUCUCCCGCCCGACGUGAGCGCGCGCCUCGCCGAACUGGAGCUGGAACUCUCGGAAGGGGACAUCACACAGAAGGGCUAUGAGAAGAAGAAAGCCAAGUUGCUUGCCCCAUACCUGCCACACCCACCAGUGUCGGAUGCGGCGUACGGAGGGGAGCGCCGCGCCUCUCCCGUCACUCCUCUCUCCUCCUCCUCGUCUUGCUCAAAGUACGGCCGACGGCGCCGUCCCUCCGGCACUCGCGAUGAACGCUACCGCUCCGAUGUACACACGGAAGCAGUGCAGGCGGCGCUAGCCAAGCACGUGGACAGGAAGAUGCCCAUGCCGAGCAAGCGGCGCUCUCUCGUCGCGCAGACGUCCAUCGACGCGUACACCCCGCCCGACACAUCGUCGGACGAGGAGGCCGACGGCGGUAGCGGCAGCGGCAGCGGCGGGCGGCGCGCCGAGCGCGGGAGCAGCGGUGGCAGCCGGGGCAGCCGGAGCAGCCGGGGCGGCGGAGAGGAGAGGGGGGGCGGCGGCGGUGGCGCCGCCGGCGCCGGCAAUGGCGGCGGCUCCCAGCGGCCGCCUCCUCCAUUGCCGGCGGCGGAGGCGGCUCGCCGCUCGCGCUCGCGCUCCCGCUCCCGCUCGCGGUCGCGCUCGCGGGCGCGGUGCCGCCCCUCCUCGAGCCGGGGAAGCCUCGGCCCUGCGGCCGCCACCACCUCCGCUACGCUCCACGCCUCCUCGUCCACCUCGUCCUCGGCUCACUCCACCUCGUCGGCGCGCUCGUCCUCCGUCACCGCCAGCACGGCGUCGCGAGCCUCCUCCUCCUGCAGCCCCGGCACCGGGGACGGCCCCAGCGGUUUGGACACCGGGGGGGGCGGUGGCGGCGGCGGCGGGGAUGGAAGCGAGGUGGUGGGGGAUGGGGAAAUCGUUGAGGGAGUGGAUGACGACGACGACGAGGUGGAGAGGAAGCAGGCGUCACCCGGGGGCGGGCGCGGUGCCAAUAAAGCGGUCGUGGAGGACCUCGCCGAUGGCGUCGGCUGCUUGCACAUAGUAGAGGCCCCCCAGGGCCCCCCAGACGUGGCGACCCACGGGCCCCCCGAGCGGCUCCCCUGCGUGGAGCGGGUGCAGGUGUCGUCCGUGCGAAGUCUCCCGCGUCAGCUGGGCAACGCGCAACUCAUGGAGACGGGAGACGGAGUCCCCGUGAGCAGCCGCGUCUCCUCCAAGAUCCAGCAGCUGCUCAACACGCUCAAGCGGCCCAAGCGGCCGCCGCUCAGAGAGUUCUUCGUGGAAGACUUUGAGGAGCUCCUCGACGUGCAGCAGGCCGACCCGAACCAGCCGCGGCCCGAGGGCGCGAUGACGAGCGUGGUACGCGGCGAGCCGCUGGGCGCCGGCGUCACAGCAUGGCCGCCCGCGCUGGAGGCAGCGCUGCACCGCUGGGGGACCACGUCGGGCCGCAUGCCGUGCCUCACCGCCCUCGACACGGCCGGCAAGCCGACCGUCACCCUCACUUACGGCAAGCUGUGGAGCCGGAGCGUGAAGCUGGCGUACACGCUGCUGCACAAACUGGGAGGCAAGCAGGAGGCGCUGCUCAAGCCCGGAGACAAGGUGGCGCUCGUGUACCCAAACAACGACCCGGUGGCAUUCCUGGUGGCGUUCUACGGCUGCCUGCUCGCUGAGCUGGUGCCCGUGCCUAUCGAGGUGCCGCUCACGCGCAAGGAUGCCGGGAGCCAACAGAUUGGAUUCUUGCUGGGAAGUUGCUGCGUUACCGUGGCGAUGACGAGCGACGCCUGCUACAAAGGCCUCCCCAAGACGCCCACCGGUGACAUCAGCCAGUUCAAAGGUCACUGCCUGCGUGGGGUGGAGGUCGCUGUCGGCUGGCCCAAGCUCACGUGGUUCGUGACGGAGUCGAGGAACGUGGGGAAAGCUCCCAAGGACUGGACUCCCCACAUCUGUGACGCCAACGGCGACAUCGCCUACAUUGAGUACAAGACGAGCAAGGAGGGGAGCGUGAUGGGCGUCACGGUGUCGCGAGCGGCGAUGCUCACCCACUGCCAGGCACUCACGCAGGCCUGCAGCUACAUCGAGGGAGAGACGCUGGUGAACGUCCUCGACUUCAAGAAGGACGUGGGGCUGUGGCACGGCAUCCUCACCAGCGUGAUGAACAUGCUGCACGUGGUUUGCGUGCCGUACUCGCUCAUGAAGGUGAACCCGGUCUCCUGGAUUCAGAAAGUCUACGCCUACAAAGCGCGGGUGGCGUGUGUUAAGUCACGGGACAUGCACUGGGCACUGGUGGCACACCGAGACCAGCGUGACAUCAACCUGCGCGCCCUGCGCAUGCUCAUUGUGGCGGACGGAGCCAACCCCUGGUCGAUCUCGUCAUGCGACGCGUUCCUCAACGUGUUCCAGAGCAAGGGGCUGCUGCCCGAGGCAAUCUGCCCCUGCGCCGGCUCCCCCGAGGUGCUCACCAUCGCCAUCCGCAGGCCGAGCGAGGACGGGUUGCCGCUCCCCGCGGGCCGCGGCGUCCUCUCGAUGCACGGCCUGAGCCACGGAACGAUCCGCGUCGACUCGGAGGAGAAGCUCUCGGUGCUCACGGUGCAGGACGUGGGCAGCGUCAUGCCGGGAGCCGCGGUGUGCGUGGUGCGGCCGGACGGGGUGCCGUUCCUGUGCCGCACCGACGAGGUGGGGGAGCUGUGCGUGUCUUCCCCCUGCACCGGCACCUCCUACCUGGGACUCGCUGGCAUCACCAAGCACACCUUUGAGGUUUUCCCGGUGGACGACGCGGGGGUCCCCGUCAGCGGAGUCCCCUUUGUGCGCAGCAGCAUGCUGGGAUUCCUGGGGCCCGGCGGGCUCGUGUUCGUGGUGGGGAAGAUGGACGGGCUCAUGGUGGUGGGCGGCCGUCGACACAACGGGGACGACAUCGUGGCCACCGCGCUCGCCGUGGAGCCCAUGAAGUUCGUCUACCGCGGACGCAUCACGGUGUUCUCCGUCACCGUCCUGCACGAGGAGCGGAUCGUGGUGGUGGCCGAGCAACGCCCGGACGCCUCGGAGGAGGACAGCUUCCAGUGGAUGAGCCGCGUGCUGCAGGCCAUCGACAGCAUCCACCAGACGGGCGUGUACUGCCUGGCGCUGGUGCCGGCCAACACGCUGCCCAAGACGCCGCUGGGCGGAAUCCACCUGUCGGAGACGCGCCAGCGCUUCCUCGAGGGGGCCCUACACCCCUGCAACGUGCUCAUGUGCCCCCACACCUGUGUCACCAACCUGCCCAAGCCGCGGCAGAAGCAGCCAGAGGUGGGGCCCGCCUCCGUGAUGGUUGGGAACCUGGUGGCCGGGAAGCGGAUUGCGCAAGCGAGCGGGCGAGACGUUGGGCCUCUGGACGACAGCGAACACGCAAAGAAGAACCUGUUCGUCGCCGAGCUGCUGCAGUGGCGGGCACAGAGCACGCCCGACCACACGCUCUUCAUUCUGCUCAACGCACGGGGCGCCGUCGCGAGUGCCGUCACGUGCGUGCAGCUGCAGCGGCGAGCGGAGCGCGUGGCGGCCGCGAUGGCCGAGAGGGGACGGCUCAACCCGGGCGACCACGUGGCCCUCGUCUACCCGCCCGGCAUCGACCUGAUCGUGGCGUUCUACGGCUGCCUCUUCCUGGGCUGCGUUCCUGUGACCGUGCGGCCCCCUCACCCCCACAACAUCCCCAGCACCCUCCCCACCGUCAAGAUGAUCAUCGAGGUGAGCCGAGCAGUGUGCGUGCUCACCACGCAGACCGUCAUGAAGCUGCUUCGCUCCAAAGACGCGAGCGGCACCGUCGACAUGAAGACGUGGCCCCCCAUGCUGGACACCGACGACCUGCCCAGGAAGCGGCCGCCACAAAUCGUGUCGCUGGGCAGCGCAGACGCCCUGGCCUACCUCGACUUCAGCGUCUCCACCACGGGCAUGCUCGCUGGCGUCAAGAUGUCGCACGCGGCCACGAGCGCGCUGUGCCGCUCCAUGAAGCUGCAGUGCGAGCUGUACCCGUCGCGCGAGGUCGCCGUCUGCCUCGACCCCUACUGCGGCCUGGGCUUCGUGCUCUGGUGCAUCAGCAGCGUGUACUCGGGCCACCAGUCGAUCCUGAUCCCGCCGUCGGAGCUGGAGGGGAAUGUGUCGCUGUGGCUGUCGGCCGUGAGCCAGUACCGCGUGCGCGACACCUUCUGCUCAUACUCCGCCAUGGAGCUGUGCACGCGAGGCCUGGGCGCGCAGACCGAGGCCCUGAAGGCACGCGGCGUGGACCUGUCGCGCGUGCGCACGUGCGUGGUGGUGGCCGAGGAGCGGCCCCGCAUCGCCCUCACUCAGUCGUUCUCAAAGCUCUUCAAGGACCUGGGCCUCCACCCGCGUGCCAUCAGCACCGCCUUCGGCUGCCGCGUCAACCUCGCCGUGUGCCUGCAGCCUCACAGACUGGGGAAGUUGGCAGAGCAGGGCACGGCUGGACCGGACCCCACAACGGUUUACGUGGACAUGCGCGCACUCCGCCAUGACAGGGUGCGGUUGGUGGAGAGGGGAUCGCCACAUAGUUUACCACUCAUGGAGUCUGGCAAGAUCCUGCCGGGUGUGCGCGUGAUCAUCGUCAACCCGGAGAACAAGGGCCCGCUCGGAGACUCGCACCUCGGGGAGAUCUGGGUGAGCAGCCCGCACAACGCGAGCGGGUACUACACGCUGUACGGGGACGAGCCGCUGCACUCCGACCACUUCAGCGCGCGCCUCAGCUUUGGCGACACGCAGACCGUGUGGGCGCGCACCGGCUACCUGGGCUUCCUGCGCCGUACCGAGCUCACCGACGCCAGCGGGGAGAGGCACGAUGCGCUGUACGUGGUGGGUUCGCUAGACGAGACGAUGGAGCUGCGCGGGAUGCGCUACCACCCCAUCGACAUCGAGAUCUCGGUGCUGCGCGCCCACAGGAACAUCGCCGAGUGUGCGGUGUUCACGUGGACGAACCUGCUGGUGGUCGUGGUGGAGCUCGACGGCUCGGAGCAGGAGGCGCUGGAUCUGGUGCCGCUGGUGACGGGGACAGCGCUGGAGGAACACCACCUCCUGGUGGGCGUGGUGGUCGUGGUGGACGUGGGCGUCAUCCCGAUCAACUCGCGCGGGGAGAAACAGCGCAUGCACCUGCGGGAUGGCUUCCUGGCCGACCAGCUGGAUCCCAUCUACGUCGCCUACAACAUGUGACGCGGGCGCGGCGAGCCACCCCUGCGGUGCGCGAGUAUACGCACGUAUACGCGUUACGCCGGCACGGCGAGUGACAUCCCGCCAGAGCGCAGCGUGCCCUCGGCACGCCUCGAUCCGGCAGUGUACGGCGCAACGUGCCGCCGACGGUGACAUGCGGAACAAUGAACACGAACACUCCCCACCCCCGACCACGACGAUCACGCCCUCGUUUAGCGUGCAUCACGCCAGGUGCCAGCGUGCAUCACGCCAGGUGCCAGCGUGCGGAGCGAAGUGGACUUCAGCCCGGUCGGCUGCCGGCUUGUCGGCCUCGAACGAACUUGACUGGCCAAGCAUGAGGAGACCACGAUCGGCCGGCCGCGCGUUCACAGGCCGCCGCCGCCACGUCCACCGUCGCCGGCAGUCACCUUCCCCAUUCUGCGCGUUUCAGCAUGAGGCAGCACGGAUGGUUCCUCUGAUUAGGUUUUUUUAAUUUUAUAAUUUUUUUGUUAAAAGCGUUCAUAUCGCAGGACGGCAGAUCGGCCGGCGAUGCCAUGCUUGUGCCACACGGACGGACGGACGCGCGCUGGAAGGGAUCUGUGCCAUGGCGGCAACGUCGCCAGGCCGCGGCAACAACCACCACGGUGGACCACGUGACUCCCCCUCCACAUUGCAGAGAGGGCCUCCCUGUCGGGCCUUGGGGGUUGGGGAUGAACCGCAAACGGUCGGGUUGGGUCGCCCAUCGCGACGAGCACUGAAGAAGCCAGAAAAGGAAGUCUCACCGGCAAACAUUUCUUCCUGCCCAUUUAAAUUGUCGUUUUCUUUUCAAUUGAAAGAAAAACAAAGAAGAUUAUGCUUUGUCCAUCGCGAGGCGAGAAUGUGGCUCGGUGUUGUUUUAUUUUGUAGCUGCUGUACGGUGUGCUCCUGGAGGGGGGGGGGUGGUUUUGUAAUGGGGUCGCGUUGGUCUGUUCUGUGACCGACUGCACGGUCUGGUGUGAAGGGGUUCUUCUUUUUUGGCUUGGCUGCAAAUCGGAUUUGUGCUUUAACGUGCCACUUGCCCACUCGCUCACGCAUGGAUUUUCCACCUCAACCUCCCCCGAGUGUCAGUUAGAAAGACACUGUCCCAUACAAGAGUAAUGUUUAAAAUUCAAUAAUUACCGUUAAAGUGAAUGAACCACUGCGAUCGCGAUGAUGAAUGACACCGUUCUGUUUCUCUCAUUCCAAAUCUACUUGGACGUCUCUUUUGGACUAUUUGUGCCGCUGUUGGCACUGGUAUAGUGGUGGUGGUUUUGAUUGUUCUGGUAGUGGUGGUGGUGAUGAUGAUAGUGAUGGUUCAGGCAGUGGUGAUGGUGGUGAUAGCCUUGGUGGUGGUGGUGAUUUUGAUAAUGAUGGUGAUAGUGGUGGUGGUGGUAAUGGCUUUGCUGCUGCUGAUGGUGCAUGCAGGGCCUCCACGUUGCGUUGCUGGGGUUGUUGUGGGCAGUGGCAGUGGGGAAUCCAUGGAGAUCCGGACUUCAGAGAUCACACCCCAGCUGAACCGGCCCCUGACCCCUGACCCUGUACCUCGGCUCCCUCUGGGAGGCAGGGAGGAGUUGAUGAACUCCAUCCACCUCCCUCUUCCCGCCUCACUCCCUGCGGAGACGCAACCAGUGGAUGGACAGAAAGUGUUUGGAGUGUUGCUGUGAUGCCGUUCGCAGCAGACAUUGUCAUACAGUAUACGUAAGGGAGUGGUCAAAAAAUAUUGAGAACGAGUCAAUAGAAAAGCCACACCUAUCUAAUGUUAGGCUUGUUUUGAAGCCCCCCCCAUAUUUCUGUAUUAAUUAUAUCACGUGAUGACGAAAAUGACGAUGAAAAUAGUAAUAUAUUACUGAGAGCGAUUAUAUUGAAACAGGAAUGCGCUUGAGUCCGUGUUUGCUUUUGUAAUGUCACAUUCUCGAAGGGUUCUUUGGCCGAGCCUUGCGGUAUUCGUGCGCGCCGAGAUGAGAGGAGAGGGGCUUGUACGCACCAGGCAGUUUCAUCCGCGAUGCGCUCGCGUCACGAGCGUGGCGGCCCGGCGUUGCGUGCCGUCGCGAAUCGCGGUUUUGAUUUUUCUCCUGCACACUCACCGUUUUGUGUUCACGUUUGCCACGGCGUGGCAACUUGCGGGUAAGCCGUCGCCCCGCGAUCACCUCCGUUGGAACUUUUACAACAACAACAACAAAAAGAACACUUCUUGCAUUCGCCAAAGCUCAACCACGAUUCACAUUUUGGCCGACGGGUGAUCGUUCAAAUUUCAGAGACCUGCAGCGACCGUGGUGUACCGAUGUCUGCCAAGAGCACGCAAACGGUUCGAGCAGCUUUUGUCCCGCGGUCAAUACGCGAAUAACGAAGGUCUCCCACGCUCAACGGAACGGUGGGGCGGUCUCUCACCUUAAGGCUUGCAGCUCGGAGCCAGUGGUGGAAAUUCCAUAUUCCCGUGGUGGAGGCCAGUCCAUCCGUAAACACAAUUGCUGUUAAUCUCUCGUCAAGUCAUCCAUCGAGCCCUCUGGGUAAUGCGGAGUGCCGGGUCGACCUCGGCCCAGGUUUGAACUUUGAACUCCCCGACCCAUGGGGUUCACCGUUCGAAUGCUCUUGCCAGUCGUGCCGCCCAGCUGGACAUCGCUGAUGGACAGGCCGCGAUCUCAGUGACCAGUUCGGCUGAAAUCACGACGAUCUCGUUCAGCUGCUCGGUGCUCUUGUUUUUGAACGUGUAUCAUCAUGAGCAUGUGUUUGAACGCGUGUCCACGUAGUUCAUUUGCCCAAGGCAGCAAUUUGUAUUGGUGACAUUCUGCACAAGUGACUUAUUAUUAUCAUUGUCGUUCAUGGAUGGAUCAGGGACUAUUCUGUCUUUUUUUUAAAUCAUUAUUUAAAGUCUUAUGUAGUGUUUUUUUUAAAUGGAUCCACUUGAGUUAGGGUUGUUAAGAUGUGUUUCGUGAUUGUCCUGUUCAUGUUGUUGCUGUUGUUAUCAUUGAGUUUGGGGGUGCUUUUUAAACUCCUGAUUUCUGCAGACGGUUCAUUUUUAGUAGACAGAUUUGUCAGAUAACCAUUGAUGCAUUGCAUACACGUGCAUAUUAGGCGUUUAUGCACACGCGCAGAAUAGCAUAUAUAAUAUGUCGCACACAGUAUGCGUUCAUGUGCGUAUACAUAUGUAUGCGUAUACUGUAUUCUAUUGUAUAGACUAUAGUCACUUUAUAAAUAUAUAUGUAUAUAGACCUAGAUGUGUAUUGGCAUACGUACACAUACUAUGGCACUGUAUAUACAUAUAAUGUGUAUAUAAACAUAUACAUGCAUAUGUAUACACACGUGAUCCAUGCUGUGUGCAUUCAAGCUGUCGGUGCCACAUGUCAAAGUAUACACAUCCCCGCACUAUUAAAAGUAUAAUAAUAAUUAUAAUAAUUUGCUUUCUUCAGGAAAGCAUGAGUCCCAAAGCUCUUUUUCCGGGGGGUCUUGCUGCAAUGGGCUGUUUGGAUAAUUAUUUCUUUUUUUAAUGACUUUAUUAAUGAGUGUUUUGCUUCGCGUGAAAUAUAAAUCGUAGAGCCCAAGAGAAACCCCCAAGGCGGCGGGUUCGCGAACCCCACUUGUUCUGCUGCCGUUCUUUUGUGCCCACCUCGCAGCCCCCCCCCCCCCCCCCAGCAGGUGUGUUUGGAUAACCUGCCAACCUUACCGAUGGCCGAAGCGAUAAGCUGCCGAUGAUUUUGUUUUAUCCUGCGACCCCCCCCCCCCUCCCCCCUAUAAGGAGCUUCAGAGCUAAUCGCACCGCUCUAUCUCAACAUUGUGCAGAAGAAAAAUUGUAGCAACUACUGCUUUGAAAAUUCAUAUGCGGUGAAAACGGUUUGAACAUCGACAAGCCUGCCGCUUAAAUCUGGAGGGUCAGUCAAGUAUGUUAGCGCCUGUGAAUCUCUAGAUGAUCCAUCACCCCCCCCCCCCCUCCUAAUGACCACUGCUUUGCUGUGGUGCCACACACGAUCGCACCUCCGAUGAACACUGUUGGCUACGUACGGUGUUGACGAACUUCAACAUACACGCAAUGUGUAUGCACACACACACGUGUCUCACGCAUGCACUCACUUCUUAUCCCUCCUCCCUCCCCCCGUCUUGACGCACAAUAAGUUUCACAGUUUGGUCCUGUAACAAAUAAAAAAAACGAGCAGUGUCUCGACAAGUUGGCAAGAAAGUCACGACGUUUUGGGCGACCAGCCACCUUCAGGACAAUGCGUGGUGUCGCUUUCGUGUUCGUUAUAUAACGUGAAAACCAUUGUCCCUGGUGUGAAUGGAACCACUAGUGGCGGUUAGCGAUCGAGUGUGCCGGCGGUACAACUGCCAUCAGGAGCUCAUGGGACGGAUAGUCCCAGGCCCCGGGCAACAAAUGGGGAGGAGACUGGACAAGGCGCUCCAAUUAAUUCCUGUGAACAGUUCCCAUGUCAACCCACACUGUGCUACCGAUUCCAUCCUGUGUGUGUGUAAGCGUGUGACCGCUUGACGGUGAUCCGUGCGGUGAGCACUACUAUAUGGGAAGUGAAAAUUGGCAGUGCGUGUCCUCUCGAUGGAUGAUGCACGGAUGAACUUGACAUCGCCCUAAACAAUGUGGACUUUCCACCACUGGUUAAGUGCAGCCAUUGCUCCCAGGGCUUGUGUCGAUUCGUGUAUACCAUUUAAAGCACCUCCGAUUUAGCACGGUGGGCUACGUACGGCGCGAAAGAAGUUCAACAUACAUAAAGCCCGCUAAGACCACAAUUCUAUUUUUUUCAAGGGAGACCUGGGAUUAAAUUGAAUGCAACAAAUAGCAGCAGCAGCAGCGGGGUUGCUGCAGGAGUGAAACCAAACGGGAGCGGGGAGGAGGAGGAGGGAGUAGACACCUCGACUCCACGGCUGCAGCGUGCCUGCAAGUGCCUACUGGCGUCGCCACAGACGCCCCCCACCACCUCACCGCGUGCCGACCGUGAGCUUCACAGCAAGCAAUGAGCAGCGAGACAAAAUCAGCCGCGUGGCAAACGGCGGAGUGGCGUCCCCCCCCACCUGGAAUGGGCUGGCCCUGCAACAUUCCAGACAGAAAUUAAUACAAGCAGCAAGGGUGGGGGGGGGCAGCCAGAAUCUUGGUCGUCUCACGGCCCCCCACGCCAUC